UGUGCUUUGGUGUUCAGGAGCUCGGGUUUUGUGCCUUCCAGUUUCCGACAGAAAGGACUGGCAAGUGACUCUUGAAAGACGUUUGAGAACAUGAGGGGCAGACGCUGCUUAAUUCUGAUUGACAUUUGGAAAGACUUAAAGCCUUCCUUAAUUGAGUUUGGAUGAAAGUUGUGACCAGGCUCGUGACAACUGAGCUCUUCGGGGCAGGAAGGACUUGGAAGCUGAGCAGCACAGGUGCUCCCGGAUCUGGAGAGAAUAGUGGUCCUCGGAAUCCAUGAUGAGCCACCCUGACUACCGGCUGGACCUCCAGGCCCUGAGGACUCCCAGAGGUGUGUCCUCUGGGGCUGGCCCGCAUGGUGUUGGUGCUUCGCCAGGUGACAAAACGUCAAAGAACAAGUCCGUGCGAGGGAAGAAAAAGAGCAUAUUCGAAGCCUACAUGUCCAAGGAGGAUGUCUCCGAAGGCCUGAAGAGAGGAAGGCUUAUCCAGGGUGUGCUGAGGAUCAAUCCAAAAAAGUUUCACGAAGCCUUCAUUCCUUCCCCGGAUGGUGACCGAGACAUCUUUAUUGAUGGCGUCAUUGCUCGGAAUCGAGCCUUGAAUGGAGACCUGGUGGCGGUGCAGCUGCUUCCUGAGGAGCAGUGGAAGGUAAUCAAGCUUGAGAGCAACGACAAAGAGGCUGACUCUGCCCAUGAAGCCAACGUUCCUGAGGAGCUGUGUGGACGCAAACCCCCAGCCCAGUCCUCGAAGGGCUACAAUGACAGUCCUGAUGUCAUUGUAGAGGCUCAGUGUGAUGGCAGCGAUGCCGAAGAUGGAAACAGCCAUGCACACAGAACGCUGGUUGAUGGCAUUCAGAAACUCUCAGUGUGUGUUCCCGAGAAAGGAAGAGUGAAUGCUGGGACAUCAGAUACAACCGAGGAGAAUGCCUUCACUCCCCAAGACCCAAGAGCUCUCCUGGAGAAGAUGCUUCAAAAAUCAGCAAAGGUGGUUUACAUCUUGGAGAGAAAGCAUUCCCGGGCAGCCACAGGCCUCCUCAAACUCUUGGCUGACAAGAACAGCGAGCUGUUUAGGAAAUACGCCCUAUUUUCCCCUUCGGACCACCGAGUGCCUCGAAUUUACGUGCCUCUGAAGGACUGUCCCCCCGACUUUGUGAGCCGACCUAAGGAUUACGCCAACACUCUGUUCAUCUGCCGCAUCCUGGACUGGAAGGAAGACAGCAAUUUCGCCCUGGGGCAGCUGGCUAAGAGCCUUGGACAGGCGGGUGAAAUUGAGCCUGAAACGGAAGGAAUACUAACUGAGUAUGGCGUGGAUUUCUCCGAUUUCUCUUCAGAAGUUCUAGAAUGUCUCCCUCAGAACUUUCCAUGGACAAUUCCACAAGAGGAAUUCAGCAAAAGAAGAGAUUUAAGGAAGGACUGUGUCUUCACCAUUGACCCCUCCACGGCCAGAGACCUCGACGAUGCCCUCUCCUGCCAGCCACUCGCCGAUGGCAACUUUGAGGUGGGCGUCCACAUCGCCGACGUGAGUUACUUCAUCCCCGAGGGCUCAGAGCUGGACCGGGUGGCAGCCGAGAGAGCCACCAGCGUCUACCUGGUGCAGAAGGUGGUGCCCAUGCUUCCUAGGCUGCUAUGUGAAGAGCUGUGUAGCCUCAACCCCAUGACCGACAAGCUGACCUUCUCUGUGAUCUGGACACUGACUCCGGAGGGCAAGAUACUGGACGAAUGGUUUGGCCGGACUGUCAUCUGCUCCUGCACGAAACUGAGCUACGAGCAUGCGCAGAGCAUGAUCGAAAGCCCCACCCAGCCUGUCCCCAAGGAGAUGCUGCCCCCCAUCUCCCAAGAGCAUACCAGCCAGGAAGUGCACCAGGCUGUCUUGAAUCUCCACAGCAUCGCAAAGGAGCUACGCAGACAGCGCUUUGUGGGCGGUGCGCUGCGCCUGGACCAGCUGAAACUGGCUUUCACUCUGGACCACGAGACCGGGCUGCCUCAAGGGUGUCACAUCCACGAGCACCGGGACAGCAACAAGCUUGUGGAGGAGCUCAUGGUCCUGGCCAACACAGCGGUAGCCCACAAGAUCCACCGCACCUUCCCAGAGCACGCCCUGCUGCGCAGGCACCCGCCACCCCAGACGAAGAUGCUCAAUGACCUGAUGGAAUUCUGUGACCAGAUGGGGCUGCCCGUGGACUUCAGCUCCGCAGGGGCCCUCCACAAAAGUCUGACCCAAACAUUGGGAGAUGACAAGUAUUCGCUGGCUCGGAAGGAGGUCCUCAGCAACAUGUGUUCUCGGCCAAUGCAGAUGGCUCUGUACUUCUGCUCGGGGGUGCUCCGGGACCCCGCCCAGUUCUGGCACUACGCCCUCAACAUGCCGCUGUACACUCACUUCACGUCCCCGAUCCGCCGCUUCCCCGAUGUCCUGGUGCACCGCCUGCUGGCUGCUGCACUAGGAUACAGGGCGUUGCUGCACCUGCAGCCUGAGGCCCUGCAGAAGCAGGCUGACCACUGCAACGACCGCCGCAUCGCCUCCAAGCGCGUGCAGGAGCUCAGCACCAACCUCUUCUUCGCCGUGAUGGUCAAGGAGUGUGGCCCCCUGGAGUCGGAAGCCAUGGUGAUGGGCGUCCUGAACCAAGCCUUCGACGUGCUGGUGCUGCGCUAUGGGGUGCAGAAGCGCAUCUACUGCAAUGCCCUGCCCUUGCAGACCCACCACUUCCAGAAGGUGGGCAGGAAGCCAGAGCUCACGCUGGUCUGGGAGCCUCAGGACACUGGGAGGGAGCCUGUGCACCAGGUCAUCUCCAUCUUCAGCCUGGUGGACGUGGUGCUGCAGGCAGAGACC